CUUCCUCAGUGCUCCACCAUCUUACCUCUUUACAGCAAGAGCUACGUCGCGUUCUGCAUCACCAUCUUCAUCUCGCUCCUGCUGGCCAUCUUCGUCCUCUACGCCCGCAUUUACGCCCUGGUGAAGAGCAGCAGCCGCAAAGUCACCAAGCACAGCAACUGCGAGCGCUCCAUGGCGCUCCUGCGCACCGUCAGCAUCGUGGUGGGCGUCUUCAUCACCUGCUGGACUCCCAUCUUCGUGCUGCUGCUCGUCGACGUGGCCUGCGGGAACAAAAUGUGCCCGGUUCUGCUCAAAGCCGAUUGGUUCGUGGCGCUGGCCGUCUUGAAUUCCGCCAUGAACCCCGUCAUCUACACGCUGGCCAGC